AUGAGUUUUAAUAAUAAUAAUAAUAUUAUUAAUAAUAGUAAUAAUAAUAACAACAAUAAUAAUAAUAAUAAAAAAGAAUCAAUUACAGAUAGAUUUAAUAAAAUUAAAGAAGAAGAGGAUAAAAAAGAAAAUGUUAUAAAUCAAGAUGCAAAAGAUAUUAAAGAAAUUUUAAAAUUAAAUGGUGAAAAUUAUAGUUUAGAGCAAUUGGAAAAAAGAAGAUUAUAUUUAGAAAGAGAAAUUGUUGAAAUUAAUAAAGCUUUAACAACAAAGAAAAUUCCUCCACCGAUCGAAAAAGACCCAUGGUAUAAAAAAUAUCCAUUAAUAAAUUCAGUUGUUACACAUCCAGAUUUUAAAGUUUUAGCAGAUCAAAUUAGUAUUAUGUCAUUUGCUGGUUUAAUAGUGGGUGGUGCUCAUGGUUUUUCAGUUGGUAAUAAAUAUUUAAGAGAUUCAAUUGCAAAAAAUGCUCAUAGUCCAUUAUCAAUGUCAUCUAUUCAAUUAAAUUCAAAAAAAACACUCGGUUUACUAGUUGUUAGAAAUGCAUUCGUUUUUAGUUAUAGAUGUGGUAUUUAUACAACAGUUUUUUGUGGUGUUGAGACAUUAUUAAGACAUAAUGCAGGCGAUUCAGUUCUUAACUCAAUUGCUGGUGGUACAGCAGCAGGUUUUUUAGCAGGUUUUCAUUUAAGAAAAAGAGGAAAUUUAGCUAUUCCAAUAUUAAUGGGUUUAGGUUCGUCAAUGGGUUGUUUAAUGGGUUGUGCUGACAUGUUAAAUAAAAAGAUUGUCAGUAGUUUAAAAAAAUUUACUGGUCGAUCAGAUUAA